UAUGUUUUUAAAAUAAAAAACUAAAAUAAUAAUAGUUAUAAAAAAAAAUUCUUAAAACAUUUUAACGUCGUCACCCAAAACACUAAAUCCUAAACCCCUUGGAUAAAUCAUAAACUCUAAAUAAAAAACACUAAACACUAAAUCCUAAACCUUAAACCUUAAAUCCUAAACUUUAAACCCUAAAUCGUAAACCCUAAAUCUUGAGUGUUUUAGUGUUUAGUGUUUUUGAUUUAGAGUUUAAGAUUUAUUCAAAGGUUUAGGGUUUACCCAAAGGUUUAGGGAUUAGGAUUUAAGGUUUAUUGUUUAAUGUUUUUCUGACGAUGUUAAAAAGAAAAUUUUAAUUUUUUUUUAUAACUACUAUUGGUUGGUGAACCUAAAAGUUUACCGAGUGAACUCAAGAAUAACUCAUAUUUUUAUAUAUGAAUUACACUUAUUUUAUAACUACUCUCUCUGUCAUUCAUCUCUUCAUUAUCCGAUUUCCUUAUUUCUGAUUUUCCUUUUAAUACUUAGCUUCAUCUUUUAUUUUCCUUUUCUAAUAGUUAAACCUCCUCUUUGGUUUACUAUAUAUAUAUAUAUAUGUAGCCUUAUAGGCAGGUUUUAUGCAUUUAUAAUCAAUAAACGAUUUCUUAAACCUAUUACUUUCUUCCCAAGCAAUCUUGCCAAAAUUCAUACAAAGAGGAAGCAAACCAAAUCGAGAACAUGGCGGUGGAGAAAGCUAUGGUGCUAUGGAACAUCAGCAACUGUCCGAUUCCAGAUGGUCAUGAUCCUCUUAUGGUGGUUCAGAGAAUACAAGCGGCGGUGGAGAAGUCCGGCUACGUCCGCCGCAACGGUGAGAUCUCAAUCACUGCCAUUGGCGACAAACUAACAGAGGUCCCUGGCGAAGACGUCAUGAGGAGGCUCUCUUCCAUCGGAAUCGCUCUUAAAAACGCUGACGAAUAUCAAAUGGAUUUGUAUGAUUGGGCCGACGAGAACCCUCCUCCGGGUACUAUGAUGGUCAUAGACGGUCAUGAGCAGCUGGGAUGGUUAGCAGGAACACUUUCCGAACUUGAAGAUAAGGGAUUCAGAAUUCUUAAACAGUGGGAUUGGGCUGCCUUGUUCUCAGAUGAACAGGAGACGACAACAACAAGCCUUGUUGUUAAUUCCAGUGUUAAAUCUCCCUGGUUCUGUGAAGUAUGCUUUGUUGCUGCCCCAAGCCUUGAAGAUUUCACCACCCAUCUCAAGUCUGUAAAACAUGCAUAUGGUGAGUGGGACAGGCAUGCUAGUAAAAACAAUGUGGAUCGUACUGACCCUGCUAACCUGCCCUUUGGUCGAUCAAAUGAGUUGGACUUGCUGCUUAAUCAAGACAUGGUUAGACGUCAGAUGUUAACGUCCGGGCGCGGGCGCAGGCGCGGGCCGCUCGGCCCUCUUAGGCCUCGACACACAUUUAACCUAACGCAUUCCAAGUAUUGAAGGAAGAAGAAUAAUAAGCUGGAGAGUGGAGAAGAAGCGUGGAGGGUGUUUCGAUUUUCAUAUGGUUUUAUGUAAUAAAUAAAAAUACUUACUACUGUGCUAUCUUUUGUUAAACAUCGCAAUUCAGUCUUACAUAUCUCCAACGUUUUAUAUUUGUCAUUUC